AUGACACUAGAUUUAGCUUCGUGGCUAAUACUCCUUCUAAGUGGCCUCGUGUCUGUCCUUUUCUUGAUUAAUUAUAAAUAUUUACGACCCUGGCCGUGGCAACUAUGGUCUAAGAAGAAGCGGGAUCAUCCGGCUCAAGGUUCGCGGUUUGAGAAAAAUCAGAACCAUGCCCGACCAGCCCUUGAGAUAUUAUAUCCUGGCCCGACAAAUGGUACCAAUGAGGGGGCUGAGGUUGACAUCAUUGCCGUACACGGCCUCGGGUCGGACGUCGACUGGGCGUGGACGUAUAAGGACGGCGACAAGCUUAUCAAUUGGCUUCAACAAUCCGACAUGCUUCCUGCAAAAGUGCCCAGGUCGAGGAUUAUCGUGUACAACUACGAGUCGAAAUGGCACGCCGAUGCCCCGAAGACACGCCUCGAGCUCUGCGGAGAAGAGCUGGUACGCAGCAUACACGACUGGGAGUUUCGCAAAAAUAACAAGGAUCGUCCGAUCAUAUUUAUCGGACACAGCCUUGGUGGGAAUGUUAUCAUGAAUGCCCUUAUACAUGCCGAUUCCGAUUCCGAGGACGAAUAUGCGUACCUGCCUAGGUUGGUGGUUGGCCUCAUUUUCCUGGGUACACCUUUCCGGGGCACUAAAAUGCAAGCCCUGCCCGACAUCAUUGCACGGAUCAUGCGACCGGCCGGCUCGCACGACGGCAUUAUUAGAGAUUUAGCUUAUGAGGGUCCGGCUGCCAUGGACAAACUGCACAGCUUCUGCAAGCUUCGGAACAAAUUGUCGACGCCUACAUCUUGUUUUUCUGAGAAACACAAGACAAACUAUGGGAAACGCAUUGGAUUGACAAUAGGAGUGUUUAAAAACCUGUUAGGAGGAAUGGUCGUGGAAGAGUCUUCCGCCCUCAUACCGGGCUUGACUAGAAUACCCCUCCAGAAGAAUCAUUUAAAUAUGAACAAAUUUAUCAAUACGGAGGAUCGCUCGUUCUUAAGUAUUUCGGCAGAAAUAUUGAAGAUGCAUAACAAUGCCAAGAAUAUCAUUCAACGUCGGCUCAACCCGAGCAAUAUAAUUACCGACCGCAAGCACGCCUUGAAAGAGAGACCCGAGGCCGGGGACUGUUUACGCGACCUCUUCCUGACCGAUCCACUAGAGGACAAAAACGCGUUAAAACGCAAGAAAGGAACGCGUGCUCCCGGUACCUGCGAGUGGUUGUUCGGCACACAAGAGCUUACUGCCUGGCUUGGUUCCGACCAGACGGAUCAUAUCCUGUGGCUUCACGGGAACCCAGGGACGGGGAAAUCAACCGUGGCUAUGUAUCUUGCCGAGGAGCUGCCGGCGGUUUUCUCCAAAACGGACGGUAAAACGUUAGCAUACUUUUUCUGCGACUCUAGUUUUGAAAAACAGAAGACUGCCAUAUCGAUCAUCAGAGGACUUCUUCUUCAGCUCAUCCAGCAGCACCCGCAGCUUCUCGAUUACCUCUUACCAAAGUACAACGAGCGCGGGGCGGAGCUAUUUAAAUCUUUCGACGCUCUCUGGACAAUAUUCAUGGCCGCUGCAGCCGAUCAGAGCACGGGUCGGAAAUACUGCAUCAUCGACGCGCUAGAUGAAUGCGAUCGAGACUCGCAAGAGGUCCUGUUGCACCAGAUUCAAGAAACCUUCCAGAGUAGAGAUAUUACGUUGGAUAUCCGGAUAUUGAUCACAAGUCGGCCAUAUCCUGAGAUUCGCCAAUACUUGAAAGGAUUUACGAAUAAAGAUUUCGCUUCUUUUCCUGAGACGAAGAAAGACAUUGAUCGAUGCAUCGAGGAAAAAGUGGCAACUCUUGCCGAGAGAAAAGAGUACACGAACAAGGUGAAGGAACGGGUCCGCCAGAUUCUCGCAGACAAAGCUGAAGGCACUUUCCUAUGGAUUGGCUUAGCAUGUGAGGAGCUAAGGGAUACCCCUUCGAAGGACGCCGUUCAAAUCUUAACAGAAAUCCCCAAAGGACUUCAUUCUCUCUACGACAGGCUCAUCAAGACAGGUCUUGGACAGAAGGGGGCCGAACUAAUUGACAUCCAAAACAUCCUCAGCUAUGUUGCUGUAUGUUUGCGGCCACUGAGCCUAUUGGAGCUUGCUGACGCUUGCCAACUACAUCAACAUGAAAAAGACAUUGAGACUCGGGAGAGAUUUACACGUGAGCACAUCGCAUCCUGCCGCCUGAUGGUCGUCGUUCAGGCCGAUAAGGUGCUCCUAUUACAUAAAUCAGUGAAGGACUAUAUAUUUAACGGUCGUUUGAGAUAUUCUAUCGGCGAACUCGAAGCGCAUGCUCGCUUUGCCUAUCGCUGUGUUGACCUUCUUAUCGAGGAGUUCCGUAACCUGGACCAGUCGCACAUCAGCUUAUCAGAUUAUGCAAAUCGAAAUUGGCCUGAUCAUGCGCGCAUGGCACGGUCGAAGUUUGAGAUCAAGAAUUCGCACGCCGACUUCUUCCAAAUUGAUUCUCCAUGUCGAGAGCACUGGCUAGAGAAUCUAAGGUCAAACCGGCAUUUUUACCUAGAAAUUCCGCAGGGAUUCUCGAUUUUACACGUAGCUGCACAGUGGGGAAUUUGCACCUUAGUGGAUUACGUUUAUUCUCUGAAUCGUCAAGAUCACGAGGGAAAAGAGUCGGCUGUUCUCGUUCAUCCUACCCGCACCGAUGAACAUAGUAUCACGCCUCUCGAAAUAGCUGUCCGGGGUAGAUACCUGGAGGUUAUUUCUGUUAUUUUAAACCGCGGAGCAAAGGUGACCAAACCAGCAUUGGAGACUGCGGCGGCCAUGGGGAAUAAAGAAGUGAUGGAAUUACUUCUUGAACGAGGAGGAAACGAGAUUAUUAUUACUGAGAAGGCUGUAACGACUGCAGCUGGGAAUCCACAUUGUGGCAAGGAAAUAAUGGAAUUACUUCUUGAACGACGAGGAAACGAGAUUACUAUCACUGAGGAGGCUGUGAAGGCUGCAGCUGGGAAUCUAUAUUGGGGCAAGGAAAUAAUGGAAUUACUUCUUGAACGACGGGGAAACGAGGUUACUAUUACUGAGGAGGUUGUGGAAGCUGCCGUUUGGAAUCAUGGAAAAGAAAUGAUGGAAUUGCUUCUUGAACGACGAGGAAACGAGAUAACUAUUACUGAGAAGCUUAUGAAUGAUAUAGUUAUGAAACUCGGAAAAGAAACGAUGAAAUUACUUCUUAACCGACGAGGAGAUGCGAUUAUUACUGAGAAGGUUGUGAAAGUUGCCGUUUGGAAUCAUGGAAAAGAAAUGAUGGAAUUAUUUCUUGAACGACGAGGAGAUGCGAUCAUUACUGAGGAGGUUGUGAUUGCUACCGUUUGCAAUGAUGGAAAAGAAAUGAUGGAAUUAUUUCUUGAACGACGAGGAGAUGCGAUUAUUACUGAGGAGGUUGUGAUUGCUGCCGUUUGCAAUGAUGAAAAAGAAAUGAUGGAAUUAUUUCUUGAACAACGAGGAGAUGCGAUCAUUACUGAGGGGGUUGUGGAAGCUGCCGUUUGGAAUGAUAGAAAAGAAAUGAUGGAAUUAUUUCUUAAACGACAAGGAGAUGCGAUCAUUACUGAGGAGGUUGUGAUUGUUGCAGUUACGCAUUCUGGAAAAGAAAUGAUGGAAUUACUUCUUGAACGACGAGGAGAUGCGAUCAUUACUGAGGAGGUUGUAAAAGCUGCCGUUUGGAAUUAUGAAAAAGAAAUAAUAGAAUUAUUUCUUAAACGACGAGGAGAUGCGAUCAUUACUGAGAAGGUUAUGAUUACUGCUGUUAUGCAUUCGAGAAUAGAAAUGAUAGAAUCAUUUCUUAAACGACGAGGAGAUACGAUUAUUACUGAGGAGAUAGUAAAAGCUGCAGCUGGGAAUGUAUACGGUGGUAAGGAAAUAAUGAAAUUAUUUCUUGGCGAGCGAAGAAAAUCGACCAUAGCAUUUAUUACGAAAAAGGUACUAAUCGCUGCCGCGGCCUCUGGGGAUAUCCACAUGUUGAACCUCUUAUCUCGACAAAAUAACCUAAUUACUGUUCCGGCCGAAUGGCGUUGUUUUGCAGAGCUUUAUAGUGCAGCAAAAUCUGGAGACGCUGACCGCGUCGAACAGCUUAUACAUGAAGGAGCAAAGCUAGAUAUGAAGAAUAUUGAAGGUCAAACGCCUUUAUGGAUUGCAGUAGCGCAUGAACGUGAUGCCGUCGUUGAAGUUCUAGCACAUAGGACAGGCGUAAACGUUAACUCGGUGUCAAAUACUGGGCAAUCGCCUCUUCUUCGAGCAGCUUGGAUGGGUUACGAGAACAUUGUGACUAUUCUGAUGGAGGCCGGUGCGGAUCCGCACCUCAUGGAUAAGGAUGGGGAUACGGCGAUCACCAUGGCAAGAAAGUUCGGACACAAAGACAUCGUUAAGAUACUCAAACGACCGGUUGCGCUUCGUCAGAAGUCCAGUCUAGAGAAAGACUAG